AUGAAAUUAAAAUAAAAAUAAAAGGAUAAUAGUCUUAGGAGCACGGACUAACACGGUUAUCGCAACGGUUCAAUCGAACCGUCACUGACGGACUACUUUCAUUCGGACCCGGGGCUUAGCAGGCAUAAGCUACAGACCUGUUCGCCAGCUGAUCGACCCAUGGCUUUAUUUUGUUUUAAAUACUGAUUGCCUCCUGCACAUCUCUCAUGAUUCCCGAAAGCAAAGGCUGUGAAACUUCUAAGGCUCAUUGCUAUUACCUGCGCGACAGUACGCGACUAUAUAGUUGACCUUAUAUCCUCUCUCUCCCUUCAGUUGCCAUUGAGAGCAACACCACCACAUACUUUGCGCCUGGCGUACCGGUAGCUUUAUACAUCUCUCUUCCCAAUGCCCAGCAUGCAUCGUUCCUCCAACUACUCCUAUCCUCAAUCCUCCAGCUCGAGAAGUUCAUCGAAUCAUGCUUCCAGCAGCGCCUUCAGUCCCAAUGCCAACCCUAAUGAAGAUUGGACCAAGAUCUCCGAUCUUGCGGAGAGGCGCCGGAUACAGAAUCGAAUCGCGCAGAGAAACUAUCAAGUUAAAGCGCCGCUUGGAAGAUCUAGAGAAGAGAGCGGCGACAGCCUCGACGUCGCCUGAAAGAACUCUCGAGCGAUCAGAACCACCGAAGGCGGUACCUACGGCCAAGUCAGGUCGUAGCCGACAGAGUCGGGCGUCCAAAUCCAGUCAGAACACCACAAGCCACUCGCCCAGUGAGCGAGGCUCGUCCUACGACGGUUACUCCACUUCGGAUGAUCGAGGGUCAAUGUUUUCUCACCAAUGUACCCGUCAGCUUUCGGCAUCACCACCCCCAGUAUUUUCAUACCCAUCCUACUCGCAUUUGGACCCGUAUGGUCACUCGAGCUACGGUCAACCGCCGUCAUAUCACUCGAUUGGAAGCAGCUACCAUGAUCUGCCCUACCACAACGAAUACAAUACUCACCUGCCUUCGAUCCUUCCCGUCGCCAUCUCAGCCACUGGACCAUCGAAAAAGCCUCAUUCGUAUGCCGACGAUGAGAUUGUUAGUCCGUUCAGUAUGAGUUAUGCCUCCAUGGCGGGCAUUGAUCUCUGUCCAACACCACAACACCUACCUGAGACCAAUAUCCCUAUGCCACCCUUGUCUUCAGCCCAUAGCGAUGGUCACUCCUCACCGUCGACCCCAGCAGAGCCUUCGCUGGGGACAGGGCCCCUCACACCCGAGUCGGGUCCGUGCUCUCCCCACAUGUAUCCUUUCCUAUGACUGUGCGACUAUAAAGUCUUUCCCCUGCUGGGCUUUCUUUAUAUCCUCUUGCCUUCCAUUUCUCAUGUUUACAAACUAUAACGACUGCAAUGAUGCAUUAUUGGUAUUCGGGCUUCAGGCGGCUCUACAACUUCUGUUUUCAAAUAUAUGGUGUCCCCAGGCCCCUCCUUCCAGAGCCUGCUUGAUUGAUUGCUUAGAAUAGUUCUCGUUGAUUUGUCUUUUGUGUGUGUUUUAUCCGAAAGACGGAGAGUUCAAUCCACAUUCUCCAAGGGGUGAAUGCUCGACUAGGCUUCGAGGGAUCAGUCAAAGAGUGUCUCUUUUGUUAUGGAUCUUGGACGCAGAUAGAGGCA